AUGAAGGAGGUGACGAGGAAGAUGGUGACGGAUGUCGCCGUCUUUGCGGUGUCACAGAUCGCAUUUUACUAUGCGUUUAAAUAUGUCAUGACUUCUUUGGAUCCGAACCGCCAAAAGCAGCAAGAUGCGAAGAAGGUGUCGGAUUCAAAGCUCGGCAAGCUCGGUCUCCGCUCCAAGCAAAUCAAGCUGAACGAGCACGAGGAGCAGAUUGCAUCGGAGCUUAUCUUGCCGGAGGAUAUACCUGUGACGUUUGAGUUAAUUGGUGGACUGGAAGGGAUCAUUUCUAGCUUGCAAGAAAGUGUGAUUGCGCCCUUGUGCUACCCUCAAUUGUUCAACAGCGCAAGCGGUCUGCUCGGUGCACCGAAGGGUGUGUUGCUGUAUGGACCCCCAGGAACGGGCAAGACGAUGCUGGCCAAGGCUCUUGCCAAGGAGAGCGGCGCGACGUUUAUCAACAUGCAUGUUUCUACGCUGACGAACAAGUGGUUCGGCGAGUCGAACAAGUUGGUCGCUGCGCUCUUCGGUCUUGCACGUAAGCUCCAGCCAAGCAUUAUCUUUAUUGAUGAGAUUGAUAGCUUUUUGCGUGAGCGUGCGAGCGGGGACCACGAGGUGACAGCGAUGAUGAAGGCCGAGUUCAUGACCCUCUGGGAUGGCCUCACCUCCUCCACCGACCGGAUCCUCGUACUCGGUGCGACAAACAGGCCCAACGACAUUGACGCCGCGAUUUUGCGGCGUAUGCCGAAGCGCUAUGCCGUGCGUCUUCCAGAAUCGGCGCAGCGUAAAAAAAUCCUGGCCAUCAUGCUUUCCAACGUGCCGUGCCACCCUUCGUUUGACCUUGAGCAGCUUGUCCGCAAGACGGACGGGUACAGUGGUAGCGACCUGCGCGAGCUGUGUCGUGCCGCCGCCAUGGUUCCCGUGCGUGAAGUAUUGCGUAGUCGUACGGGCCGUGAAAGGGUGGCGCGCGCAAGGAAGAGCGCGCCCGGCACCGUGGAUACAAUCGGCGAAACGGAGCUCUCCAUGAGCAUCCGCCCAUUAAAAAACUCGGAUUUUUUUCAGUCGGAUACGGCUACGCCAUUGCAUGAUGCCACAGAGGUAGACGCACUAGACUAA